AUGGAUGAUAAGUUAUUGAAAGAAUGGGAGCGAUUGAAGUUGACUGAUGAGGAGAACUUUGUGUUGGGACAAGUGAGUGCUUCUUCGACCGAAGAGGGGUCGAACUCAAAAAUUGCCAUGUCUCUGGUGGGGAUGUUACUCACUAGGAAACCUUUUAAUGUUGAAGCAAUGAAAAGGGUUUUGAAGAACCUGUGGCGAAAAGAUGAGAACGUUGCGAUCCGUAAAGUGAAAACAAACCUAUUUAUUUUUCAAUUCUUUAAUGUUGAUGAUAGGAGGAAGGUGUUGGAUGGUAGACCAUGGGUUUUUGACAAUCAAAUUCUGCUAUUGAAGGAGAUUUGUGCCAACGAACAACCUUCGAAGGUCACUUUUGAUUCUUGCCCUUUUUGGAUUAGGCUCAUUGACGUUCCCUUUGGUUUGCGAUCGCCUCAGUUUGCUCAUAAUAUUGGGGACUGUAUAGAAGAAUGCAUUGAGAUUGAUAAGUCUGACCCUCUAUGUUGGGAGGAAUAUAUAAGAGUUAAAGUGUUGGUGAAUAUCACAAAAUCGCAUCGUAGGGGAAUGAAAGUUGUUGUUGAGUCUGGUAGUACCAAAUGGGUUGGCUUUAAAUACGAGAGACUUGGGGAUUUUUGCUACUAUUGUGGUCGAAUUGGCCACACAGUUAAGGAUUGCGAGGAGAAGGACAAGUGUGAUGCUGCGUCGCCUAUUGUGUUCCAGUAUGGCCCUUUUUUGUCUGCCUCCCCUCAUCGCUCAAAAGUCUCUGAGGCUGAAAGGGAAAAGGAAAAGGGAUGGAUUGAGAAGCUGAAUUCCAAAGGUAGAAUGCAACGCUCGGACUACAAUGAUCCCAAGGCCAUACGUCUUGGAUCCCUUGGUGCUACAAGGAAACUACUGUUUCGUCCCCAAAGUGUUGGUGAUGGAAAAAUGGUGCUGAGGCCCGUAUCCAUUCUGGUGGAAGGCGGUAGUGUAUCUAGCAAGGAUUCGGUGCAGGUGAAUAUGGAACAUGUGAAUGACGGGGCGGGGGUACACAAGGAGUUAGUUGAUGUAGCUAACCAGGCUGUUGAUAUGGAUGUGGCUGAGGUGUGUGGAUCUGCCGUUAAAUCAAGGAAAAGAAGACUGGAUGCUGUGGUGAUGGACUGCCAGAAGGCCGAUGCAAGUUGCCAGGAGAAAAAAUUAAAAUGGAGUGAGUCUUGUGAAAAUAAUGUUGAGUCUGUAAAGUAG